AUGCGUAUGAAGCGAGAACGAAUAAUAAUAGAUUUGUUUUGGACGUUUUCUGCGGUUGCAACUGUUAUUGGUGGAUUUGGCGCUAAUUAUGUUAAUGGACAGUCGUUAACAUCGAGUUCAUUAGGAGAAUGGAAAUAUGUUGGCAGAACAGGUGCCUCAGCAAUGCAUAUGGUGGUGACCUCACCAAAUCGAAUAGUAAUUCUUGAUAAAGCCGAGUACAAUCCGGAAGCACGAUAUCCUGAUGGUAGAACCGGAUGGACCACAGAAUACAAUCUAGACACAAACGAAUUCAGGAUGCUGAACCUGGAAACGAAUACCUUUUGUUCGGCCGGUGCGUUUUUGGCAAACGGAACGCUGGUCGAGACGGCGGGUGGCCAGAAAAAUAUUAGAGCGAAAGAUGGAUAUUCAAAAAUUCGGUUGUUUUCACCGUGUUCGGAUGAUUCGUGUGAUUGGUUAGAGUUGGAACAUAAUAUGGAUGCUGCUCGAUGGUAUAAUACAAUGAUCUCAUUGCCAGAUGGUCGAGUUUUUAAUUUUGGUGGAAGUACUAAAGCUGCAGCCGCUAACGAUGUAAAAAUAAAUAAUCCUACUUAUGAGUUUUAUCCAGAAGCUGGACAAAAACCUUUUCAAUUUCUUAUUGACACUCUCCCUUUCAACCUAUAUCCAGUAGCGCACGUACUCCCCGAUCGCAACAACACGAUCUUCAUAUUCGCCAGCACAAAAUCAAUCUUAUUCGACUACUCAACCGGAACCGUGAUCAAAAGUUUACCCGACAUCCCAGGAUUCCCGAGAUCAUACCCGCUCACCGGAUCAUCGGUCAUGCUUCCGCUGACAUACGAGAACAAUUAUCGACCGGAGAUUUUAAUGUGUGGCGGUGGCACGAAAGCAAGACGAACCGCAAAAGCUGUGGAUAGUUGUGGGAGAUUGGAUCUCGGGAUUGAUUUGGAGGGUGGAGUGCCCGAGUGGGAUAUGGAGGAUUUUGGUGGGUUACCGAGGGUUAUGCCGGAUGCUAUUAUUUUGGCGGAUGGAACUGUUCUGUUUGUUAAUGGUGCUGGUCGUGGAUAUGCUGGAUAUGAUAAAAGAGGCAUACAUCAAGCCGAUUUGCCAGUAAAAAAUCCAGUACUCUAUGACCCGAAUAAAGAAAAAGGUUCAAGAUGGACUGUACUCGCCCCAUCGGAAAUUCCACGAGUGUACCAUUCGGUCGCAACAUUAGUUGCUGAUGGGUCCGUGUUUGUCGCUGGAAGUAAUCCGAAUAACGAUUACAAUGAUACAAGUGAUUUCCCAACAGAAUACCGAGCUGAAAGAUUCUAUCCCCCAUACCUGCUCACCAAAAAACCACGCCCCACAAUCAUAUCACUAGCCGGCACCGAAAUACUCGGCGCCCAUCCAAUCCCAAUAACCUAUAGCCAAUUGCUUGACGUCAAGAUCUCGUUCAAAGACAUCCGAUUCGCCGCCACGCCAGAAUUCACCGCCGCAAUAAUACACUUUGGAUUCGUGACUCAUUCGCAACACAUGUCACAGCGAUACGUGAAACUCCGUGUAUCGAAUGUAAGAAAAGACAUGACAUCAUUGUCGUCAAAGUAUACGAUUACCGUGGAGACACCGCCGAAUUCUAAUAUUAUUGCUCCGGGCCCGAGUUAUCUUUUUGUGUUGAGUAAUGGUGUGCCGGCUGAAAGGAGCGCUCAUGUUUUGCUAGGAGUGAACAAUUCGUCAUAG